AUGCAAGAAUGGGGUAGUUAUUUCUUUAUCUCUAAGACCAAGGAAGAAAAAAACUUCACCAGUGCAAGUUCUGAUGGGAUUAGUAAAUGCUCUCAAGACACUCGUGUUACUUCGUCCUCCUGCUCCUCAUUACCGUCGAGGACAAAAGCAGCAAUCACCGUGACUGCAAGAGCUAGAAGUACCACCACAGUGGUGACAAAUAUGCAUUUGGAAAAGAAAGAUGUGAGCAGUGGUGGCAAGGAAAGCAAUACUACUGCUAUCUCAUAUGUAAGGAAGCCUUUGAGGGAGAGAGAAACAGAAACACCAUCACCACCACCACCACCAGUUUCACAAACUGCAACAUUGCCACCACUACCACCAAAAACAUCACCAUCACCAUCACCAUCACCACCUUCACGACCAUCAUCACCACCUAGACAAACAUCACCUACCGAGAAUGGAAGACAGUUUGUUUGGGCAGACAAAUAUCGGCCUGAAGCCCUAAUAGAUUUUCUCUGUCACCGUGAUAAAGCACUUGAGCUGCGGACUCUGGCAAAAGCAGAAGAUUGUGGCAAUUUCAUAUCUGGAGGACCUGCUGGGGUGGGAAAGAGAACCAUGAUUUGGGCUAUGCUUCGCAAAGUGUUUGGAUCAGACAAAAUAGAGGUUUUACAGGCAAGGGAGGAGUGCAGAGAAUUUGUCUUGAAGGGAGAAGCAGUGAGCAGCAUCCAUGUAAACUUGAAAGAAUCGUCUAAACAUGUAGAAGUCAAUCUCUCUGAACUAAAAGGGUAUGAGAAGUAUGUCAUAGUUGAACUGAUCAACAAGACACAUAACAUGGUAUCAGAUAAAGUUUUGCAGUGCAACCCUGAUAACUGUCGAGCAAUUGUUCUGUAUGAGGCAGACAAAUUAUCUACAGAUGCCCUACUAUAUAUCAGAUGGCUAUUAGAAAGGUAUAAAGGGUGUAAUAAGCUCCUCUUUUGCUGCACUGAUGUCUACAAGCUUCAGCCAAUAAAGUCUUGCACUGUUGUGCAACUCCUUCCGCCAUCUAACGACGAGAUUGUUGAGGUUUUGAACUUCAUAGCAAAACAAGAAGGCAUAAAUUUGCCACACCAAAUUGCUAUGAAAAUUGCUAACAACUCCAUGAAUAACCUACGACAAGCUAUACGAUCAUUUGAGGCAACCUGGCAAUUUAAUCCUUCUUUGAAGGAAGAUCAAGAGAUUAUGACGGGGUUAUAUACAAUCCAUGGAAAACUGCAAAACCUCAUAGAGCACAAUGUAUCCCCCGAUUUCGUUUUUAAAACUCUAGUGGAAGAACUAGAGAAGCACUUCAAUGAGGAAGUACACCCACAGAUCGACAAUGUAUAUGAGGAAUACAAUAGCGGUGAUUACAGUGAGAAGCCUUUUGCCUUUGCACGCAGUCGACACGAGGAAAUGUGUAAAACCGGAAAUGAUCCAUUGAGAAAGAAUGAUCAUCAUUUCAUGAGGAUUGAAGGUAAUCCUAUAUUGGUUAUAGCAACAUACCUACUAUGA